AGGCCGAGAUGGAGACGCUGCGCUGCUGGCCGUGCGGAUGGAGGAAGGGGCCCCGAGCCCAGGACGUGGCGCCUCUGGAAGCUGGAGGAGGCGGGACACACUCCUCCCCUGGGGCCUCCGCGAGGAACAUAGCCCUUCCUUUUAGACUUCUGACCUCCAGAACUGUAAGAUAAAAAAAUCUGUGUUCCUUUAAGCCACUAGGUUUGUGGCAAUCUGUUACAGCAGCCCUGGGAAGCUCACACAUUCUUUCUAGCAAUGGACCCCUGUGGCCCACAGGGAGCCCGCGUGCACCAGCCCGGCCAUCAGUCAGGUUGAAUCUCUUUUUUGUGACUUUUGUGAGUGGAGUCUGCUGGCACUGGACUCUGUUGGUGGCCUCACGUCUGCACAAGAAGACCCCUGCUUAGGGAAAGAGAAACGCCUUCCACUCUGACCCACUUCCUCUGUCCCUUUUUUGCUGGCAUCCAGGUCGCGGUCCCCGUGUCCGGGAGCCAUGGAGCCCACCGUGGGUGACUUACAGCUCACGCCCGGGGCCACAAAGGAAGUCCCUGCUCCAGAUGCCGCAUGCUGCCGAGCGGCCCUCUCUGCUGUCGUGGCCACCAGCAUCAUCGUCAUCACCCUGGGAGCCCUCGUGGCCUCCUUCUCCACGCAGGGCGUCGCCGUGGAGCAUGCGGCCCGGCUGGGGGGCCUGCGCUACGCCGCCAGCCUGCAGCGGGAGGGCUCGGCCUACCACCGCGCGCUGACCGCCGCCCUGCAGACACUGUUUGUGAGCAGCUUUCAGGAGACGGAGCUGGAGGCCAGCUGCGUGGGCUGCACGGUGCUAAGUUACAGGAACGGGAACUCCAGCGUCCUCGUGCACUUCCGGCUGCACUUUGUGCUGCAAGCGCUGGAGACGCUGAGCCCGGGCCUGGAGGAGGAGCUGCUGCAGCGGGGUCUCCGCGCGAGGCUGCAGGGGCGAGGCCUCCCCCUGGCUGCCUACGGCACCAUCGUGUCCGCCCAGCUCAUAGGCAACCAGCGGGGGCCACCGACGGACAGAGACAUGAAAUCAGGUCGCUGCCCGGCGGACGCCUUCGCCUGCGGGAACAGCCGGUGUGUCACUAAGGUGAACCCCGAGUGUGACGACAGCGUGGACUGCCCCGAUGGAUCCGACGAGGCCCGCUGUGACUGCGGCUUGCAGCCCGGCUGGAGGACGGCGGGCAGGAUCGUGGGCGGCGUGGCGGCGUCCCCCAGGGAGUUCCCGUGGCAAGUCAGCCUCCGAGAGAACGGCGAGCACUUCUGCGGGGCGGCCGUGGUCGGGGCCCGGUGGCUGGUGUCGGCCGCCCACUGCUUCAACGAAUUCCAAGACCCCACGGAGUGGGUGGCCUACGCGGGCACCACCUCCCUCAGCGGCUCGGAGGCCAGCACCGUGCGGGCCCGCGUGGCCCGGAUCGUCACACACCCCGCCUACGACUCGGACACGGCCGACUUCGACGUGGCGGUGCUGGAGCUGGGCAGCCCCCUCCCCUUCAGCAGGCACGUCCAGCCCGUGUGCCUGCCGGCCGCCACGCACAUCUUCCCGCCCCGGAGGAAGUGUCUCAUCUCGGGCUGGGGCUACCUCAAGGAGGACUUCCUGGUCAAGCCGGAGAGGCUGCAGAAGGCCACCGUGGAGCUGCUGGACCAGGCCCUGUGCGCCGGCCUGUACGGCCCCUCGCUCACCGACCGGAUGCUGUGCGCCGGCUACCUGGACGGCAAGGUGGACUCCUGCCAGGGGGACUCGGGGGGCCCCCUGGUCUGCGAGGAGCCGUCCGGCAGGUUCUUCCUGGCCGGCAUCGUGAGCUGGGGAAUCGGGUGCGCAGAAGCGCGGCGGCCGGGGGUCUACGCCCGAGUGACCAGCCUGAGCAACUGGAUCCUGGAGGCCAUCGCCACCCCGAGCAAGCCCCCGGCCCCCACUGUGGCCCCUGCGCCCGCCACCUCCAGCACCGCCUGGCCCAGCAGCGCCGAGAGCCGGGGGGUGGACACUCCCACCCCACCCAUGCUGGCCCCCAGCCCUGUGCCUCAGGACCCAGUCACUGCGUCUAAGCCGCAAGAGUGCGGGGUCCGGCCGGCCCUGGAGAAGCCCAGCCGCAUCGUGGGCGGGCUGGGAGCCGCCCCCGGGGAGGUGCCCUGGCAGGCCAGCCUGGAGGAGGGGUCCCGGCACUUCUGCGGAGCGGCCGUGGUGGGGGACCGCUGGCUGCUGUCGGCCGCGCACUGCUUCAACCACACCAAGGUGGAGCUGGUGCAGGCCCACCUGGGCACCGCGUCCCUCGCGGGUGUCGGCGGGAGCCCGGUGAAGAUGGGGCUCAAGAGGGCGGUGCUGCACCCCCAGUACGACCCCGGCCUCCUGGACUUCGACGUGGCCGUGCUGGAGCUGGCGGGGCCCCUAGUCUUCAACAAGUACGUGCAGCCCGUCUGCCUGCCGCUGGCCGUCCAGAAGUUCCCCGUGGGCCGCAAGUGCAUGAUCUCCGGCUGGGGGAACACGCAGGAGGGGAACGCGUCCAAGCCUGACAUCCUGCAGCGCGCGUCGGUGGGCAUCAUAGACCAGAAGGCGUGCAGCGCGCUGUACAACUUCUCGCUCACCGACCGGAUGCUGUGCGCCGGCUUCCUGGAGGGCCAGGUGGACUCCUGCCAGGGCGACUCGGGGGGCCCCCUGGCCUGCGAGGAGACCCCCGGUGUGUUUUACCUGGCGGGCAUCGUGAGCUGGGGCAUCGGCUGUGCUCAGGCCAAAAAGCCCGGCGUGUACUCGCGCGUCACCAGGCUGAAGGGCUGGAUCCUGGACACCAUGUCCUCGCAGCCCCUCCCCGCGCCACCCCCAGCCACCAUGAGGACGCCCGCCACCACCAGUCAGGCCCCCAGGACGACGGCUGGCCUCACAGCCCCGGGGGUCACGGCCAGCAGACCCACCCCCCCGGCCACCAGCGGGGCGACCAGCCAACCUGCCAACAGGACCACCACCGCCAUGGGGACCACCACCAGGGGACAGACGCCGCUUCCACACGCCCCGGAGACCACCCUGGGGCCCCAGCCACCAGACUGCGGCCUGGCGCCGGCGGCGGCGCUGACCAGGAUCGUGGGCGGCAGCGCGGCGGGCCGCGGGGAGUGGCCGUGGCAGGUGAGCCUGUGGCUGCGGCGCCGGGAGCACCGCUGCGGGGCCGUGCUGGUGGCCGAGAGGUGGCUGCUGUCGGCGGCGCACUGCUUCGACGUCUACGGGGACCCCAAGCAGUGGGCGGCCUUCCUGGGCACUCCGUUCCUGAGCGGCGCGGACGGGCAGCUGGAGCGCGUGGCGCGCAUCCACAGGCACCCUUUCUACAACCUCUACACGCUCGACUACGACGUGGCGCUGCUCGAGCUGGCGGGGCCCGUGCGCCGCAGCCGCCUGGUGCGCCCCAUCUGCCUGCCCGAGCCCGCGCCCCGGCCCCCCGACGGCGCGCGCUGCGUCAUCACCGGCUGGGGCUCGGUGCGCGAGGGAGGCUCGAUGGCGCGGCAGCUGCAGAAGGCGGCCGUGCGCCUCCUGAGCGAGCAGACGUGUCGCCGCUUCUACCCGGUGCAGAUCAGCAGCCGCAUGCUGUGCGCGGGCUUCCCGCAGGGCGGCGUGGACAGCUGCUCGGGUGACGCUGGGGGCCCCCUUGCCUGCAGGGAGCCCUCCGGCCGGUGGGUGCUAACUGGGGUCACCAGCUGGGGUUACGGCUGCGGGCGGCCCCACUUCCCGGGCGUCUAUACCCGGGUGGCUGCCGUGAGAGGCUGGAUCGGGCAGAACAUCCAGGAGUGA